AUGCCGCCGUUCCCGGCUUUCGGCGGCGCAGCACAAGCACCUCGCCACGUGAUCCGCAUCCCGACCUUCCAGUCGCCGACCCGCCAGCGCACCCCGGCCCGCGAGCCCCAGAACCGCGACGAGGAGCGGCAAGCGCGACUUGGGCGGCGAGGAGGCGCAGGGGAAGCACAGCAGUGGGCCAGCCUCGACCAACUCGCCCAAGCCGGGCCGGCGAGCCUCGCGCACCUCCUCGGGCCGCGCAAGGGCGCAGCAGCAGCACCUUCAGCAGCAGCAGUAGCAUCGGCGACGAGCGGCGCGGGCACCGAGGCGCACGCUCGGCGCGCGAGGCGCAGCACGCGCGGCGCGGCGGGCCGGACGGGCGAGGGCGAGGGUGGGGCAGCUGCGCAGGUCGCGUCGACGUCGAGGAGCGCCGCAUCUGUCGACACGGCGAGCUCGAGCGCUCCUGCAGCUCCAGCCACGGCGCCGACUCGCGGGCCGCGCAUCCCGCGCGCCGCCGUCCGCCGACCUGGGCCUCCUCUUCUCGGUCCUGUCGUGCCCGCCGCCGCCGCAUCCUCGUCCGCACCCGCACCCGUUCCGCCCGUCGCCCCUGCGCCGCCGCCGCAGGCCAAGGCGCUCCAGCAGUCGCCGCCGCGCCGCCUCUCGGGCACGAGCGCCGCGCCGUCGCUCGCCGGCAAGGCGUACCGUCGCCCGUCGGACGUCGCGCGUCCCUCAACAGCAGCAGCAGUCGCUCCCGUAAAGGAGAAGACGGCGGCCAAGCGGCGGCGGGUCGAGCAGGUUGACGAGCGCAACGAGGCGUCGUCGCCGCCGCCGCAGGCCAAGAAGGUCAAGGCGCCCGCCGCGCCCAGCGCGCCAGCCGGUCGUCGCGUACCUCGAGCGGCGGGCCUGACGGCCAAAUCACCGGCGGUCGAGGUGGCUGCGGCGCCGAUCCCGCACGAGGCGGCGGUCAAGCCGAGCACGGCGGGCAAGAAGCGCGCGGCGGUCGAGCCUGCGCCGCUCGCUCGCAAGGCGCCCGCACCGCCGGCCGCACUGCCGCCGGCUACGCGCAAGGAGAAGAAGCGGGCGCGCGAGGCGACGCCUGCUGCGGCAAGCGAGGACGAGGACGAGGACGAGGCGGUGCAGCUCGCUCUCGUCGGCGCGCCGUCGCCCAAGGCUCGCAAACGCGCAGCCGUACGAGACGACGAGGACGAGGGGGACGUCACGCUGUCGAUCCAGUUCAAGCCGGCAAAGCGUCCUCGCGCCCGGCCUGCUGCACCCGCACUUUCCUCCCCUCCUCUUCCUUCACCUCCUCGUCCCCCUGUCCGCUCCAAGACGUCGUCACGAGCCGUCGCUCCACCCUCGCCCGCAUCCGCACCCGCACGAGCCUCGUCCUCGCCGCCGCCUCAGCUUCGCCAGCUCGUCAAGAAGAAGGUUGCCUCGACCGCCAAGCACGUCGUCGUGUCCACCGUCCGCAAAAGGGGCAACUCGGGCGCGCUCAACGCGCUCGACGUCGUCGUCGGGGCGAGCGCGACGACGUUCGAGCGGCUCUUGGACGAGACGGACGGUAGGCGCAGCAAGAAGGCGCUCAAGCUGCUGCGCAAGCGCGUCGAGGAGCCGCUCAUGAACUGCACGUCUGCCUUCAUGCACGCCUACACCCUGCUGUCGAGCAGCGUUCGGUCCAUCCUCGGGUAUCUCGAGCCGUGUUCGGCUGCAGAAUGCUCUGGUGGUGCGUCCUCAAGAGCUGCGCGUUCCCAUGACGAUGUCGACCGAGCGCCCAAGUUCAAUCACCUCGGUCGCCUCCCAGCCGAGCUCCUCUUCCUCAUCGGUGAGCUCGUCGACGAGGCCGGCGGGGGUCCCUACCUCGCUCGCGUGUCGAGAAUGCUCGUCCCGAUCGCUCGGCACCUCGCCUUCCGCAAGGUUACGGUCGUCAAGCCCGAGCACGUCCGCCGCCUGUGCGACAUCGUCAAAUCGUCGUCUGCCGUCGCCGAGUCCGUCGUCGAGCUUCACAUCGACUUGGCCGCAUGCGACACGCAGAACCUUCCGUCACGGCCGACUUGGCUCGCCCUCCUGCGCGCCCUCGUCCACCUCGAGCGCCUCGACGUCCUAGACGCGCCUUCCCUCAUCGACCUUGUUCUCUCAUCGCCCAACCUCAACUCGGUCCUGCCCGACCUGCGCUCGCUCGACCUCGCCCUGCGCCCGGUCGGCUCCUCCUCCACAAAUGUCGAGCGAGGCGCCCGCGUUCUCGAGAACGACGACGUCAUCUACGACAAGCUCGGCGUAUCGGUGCCUGCCCCUGUCGGCCGCAUCGCCAGCCUCCCGGCACCGGCCAACCCGCCGCCGCUGCGGCGCAUCAGCCUCACCCUCCCUCUGCACGCCGACUCUCUCGCCGUCUCCUUCCUCCGCACGCUCGAGCACGUUCGAGAGGUCGCCGUGCACGACACGACCCUCCCGCCGUCCUCGCCGAUCAACACCAUCCUGGGCCACCUUCCCAACCCCGACCUCGUCACCUCCCUCUCGCUCUCCCAGCUCGCCGACGCCGACCAGGCCCACCUCGCCGAUGCUCUCGAGCCCUUCACCGCACUCGAGACGCUCGAGCUCGGGGGCGGGACCUUGCACGUCGCGACGAGGGCGGCGAUCGAGCGGUCCGAGCGGCUCGUCGAGCUGCGGCUCGCGCGAGGACUCGACAUCGAGCUCGACGAGCUGCGCGAGGUCGUGUGCGCGCCGGGCGCGCUCGAGCGCAUCGUGCUGGACGCCGUGCCCCUCGACUGCGGCGUCGAGCACGAGCACGAGCGCGAGCCGGGCCAGGCGCAUCGCUCGGCGACGGACGACCUGCUCGACCUCGUCCCGCUCGCGGCAGCGCACGGCGUCACGCUCGACGGGGCAGCGAUCGAGCUCGCACGCGACGUCCGGACGCGACGCACGAGGAGCGCCGAGCGAGCGAGGAGGGCCGCGGUACCGGUCGAGGAGGUUGGCGUGAGCGCCUACUUCUCGUCGAGGCAGUGUAGCUGGCCCUGA